AUGCAAGGAGCAUUGCGAUCAUUUUUGUCAAACGGUAACGUCAUAAAAAAUGCUGUUUUGCAACGAGUCCGCAUGGUGAAUCCCCUGUUGCAGCCAGCUUCCUUUUCACGGUUUGAAUCUGUUACACCUGCUCGUAUUGAGGAGCAUGGUUUUGAGAGCACCACAAUUUCAGACAUCUUGCAAGGCAAAGGUAAAGGCGCAGAUGGUUCCUGGCUUUGGUGCACUACGGACGACACUGUCUAUGAGGCUGUGAAAUCGAUGACGCAAAACAACGUCGGAGCUUUGGUGGUCGUGAAACCAGGCGAGGAGAAAUCAAUUGCUGGAAUUAUAACAGAAAGAGAUUACCUGAGGAAGAUCAUUGUGCAGGGAAGGUCAUCCAAGUCCACCAAGGUCGGCGAUAUUAUGACUGAAGAGAACAAACUUAUCACAGUCACCCCUGAUACCAAAGUUCUUCGAGCAAUGCAGCUGAUGACAGAUAACAGGAUCAGACACAUCCCUGUCAUAAGCGACAAAGACAUGCUAGGUAUGGUGUCCAUUGGAGACGUCGUUCGUGCUGUCGUGGGCGAGCAUCGCCAAGAGCUUGACCGCUUGAAUGCUUACAUACAAGGGGGGUAUUAG